UUACAUGGGAUGUGUACGACCAAUAUUUCUACAGAGACACGUGUUGCAUGACGUGGAUUGUUGCCUUGGCGCUCCCUCUUUCUUUCUUUCUUCUUCUUCUUCUUCCUCUUCUUUCUCUCUCUACAACUUCACUGUGUCAAACCACAUCUCAACACACACACACACACAAAUAGAAAUGCAAGCAGUUUAGAGGCGUAAACGGGGUUUGAAAUUCAUAUUUCUCUUUCUUCUUUUCCCAUCUUUUUUAGUGGAAGAUCAGACGUGUUCCUCGACGUAUAAUGGGGAACAGUGAAGAAGCAAAACCUUCAAAGUCUGAAAAGUCAUCUCCACCUGCAAUGUCCAAAUGCCUUUCGCAUUGGCAGGACCAGAACAACGUUCAUGUGUAUCCUGAUUGGGCUACAAUGCAGGCUUUCUAUGGUCCAAGACUUGCUGUACCACCAUAUAUGAACUCUGCUGUUGCUUCUCACGCGCCUCCUCCUUAUAUGUGGGGUCCACCACAGUCUAUGAUCCCCCCUUAUGGGGCUCCAUAUGCUGCAUUCUAUGCUCAUGGAGGAGUUUAUGCACAUCCUGGAGUUCCUCUGGCUGGUACUUCUUUGAGCAUGGAAACACCAGUCAAGUCAUCAGGGAAUACAGAUGGAGGCUUUGUGAAGAAGUUAAAAGAAAUUGAUGGUCUUGCAAUAUCAAUAGGCAAUGGAAAUGGCUCCAGUGCGGAACAUGGAACUGAACGUAGAACCUCAGACAGUUAUGACACUGAAGAUUCCAGUGAUGGAAGCAAUGGGGAUACAGCAGGGGCUGGUCAGAGUGGCAAGAAGAGAAGCAGACAAGGAUCCCCCAGCAGAGCAGGAGAUGGAAAAGUUGAGAAAAAGAACAGUAUAGUUCCUGCAUUGGAAGUUGACCGGACUUCUGAGAAGAUGAUAGAUGCUAUUCCAAAUGCUAAUGCACCAGUAAAAGCAAUGGAGAACAUGAACACUGCAUUGGAACUCAAGGAUCCUUCUCUGACUGUGAAGUCAGGUCCAACUCAUGUUCCACAAGCAUCAAUGCCAAAUGAAACCUGGUUGCAGAAUGAAAGAGAGCUGAAGCGAGAAAGGAGGAAACAGUCCAAUCGAGAAUCUGCAAGAAGAUCGAGACUGAGGAAACAGGCUGAGACUGAGGAACUAGCUAAUAAAGUCCAAGCACUAACUGCUGAGAACAUGGCCCUCAAAUCUGAGAUAAAUAAGUUAAUGGAAAGCUCUGAGAAACUGAAGCUUGACAAUGCUGCACUACUGGAGCAACUAAAAGACGCCCAGCUAGGGCAAACAGACGAGAUAAGUCUUCACAAGAUUGACAAUUUGAGGCUGAAAAAACCAGUAGGCACCGUCAACCUACUUGCUAGAGUUAACAACUCUGAUUCCACAGACAGAAGGAACGAGGAAGGUGAAUCCUACGAGAACAGAAGUCCUGGAGCUAAGCUUCAUCAGCUUCUUGACAGUAGCCCCAGGACAGAUGCUGUCGCUGCUGGUUGACUGCCUGUGGAGCCAUGUCUUCUGAUCCUGUGAUUUUGGCAUAUUUACAAGUCCAAGAUUACUUCUAACAAUAGUAUGAGAGUGAGAGUGAGAGUGGUAAGUAUCGUAAGAAACUGAGAAAGUCUAAUUUUCACUGGUGAUCAUUUAUCUCGGCAAAACCUGGAAUGUAUUUUAAUGUUCGGAUUGCUGGGAUUCUACAAAUUAGUUGAUGUACAUCGGAGAACUUAGUGUCGCGGUGUUUCAGAAAAUUGUAUCUUAAACGAUGGUCGUGAUUCUGGUAGGUAAAUAGUGCAUAUGGUUUUCUAGAGAUUUUUGUGGUGUUUGAGGUCCCUUGGUCUAAGUGAAAGAGAUGUAUCAUGUUGUACUGGUAAUAUAUGUUUCAUAUUUGUGUUGAAGCA